AUGGAGCAGAAAGGAGUCGAGCUGGAUCAGGAAAUGAUUUCUUGUUCGAUUUGUUUUGAUCUACUGAAGGAUCCGGUGACUAUUCCCUGUGGACACAGCUACUGUAUGAGCUGUAUUAAAACCCAAUGGGAUGGAGAAGAUAUGAGAAACCUCCACAGCUGCCCUCAGUGCAGACAGACCUUCACACCCAGGCCUGUCCUGGUGAAAAACACCAUGAUGGCAGUUUUAGUGGAACAGUUGAAGAAGACUGGACUUGGAGCUGCUGCAGCUGAUCACUGCUACGCUGGAGCUGAAGAUGUGGCCUGUGAUGUGUGCACUGGGAGGAAACUGAAAGCCGUCAAGUCCUGUCUGGUGUGUUUGGCUUCUUACUGCGACAAACACCUUCAACGUCAUUAUGAUGUGGCUCCGUUAAAGAAACACAAGCUGGUGGAUCCAUCCCAGAGGCUCCAGGAGAACAUCUGCCCUCGUCAUGAUGAGGUGAUGAAGAUGUUCUGCCGCACUGAUCGUCAGUUUAUCUGUUAUGUCUGCUCUGUGAAUGAACAUAAAGGCCACAACAUGGUCACAUCUGCAGCAGAAAGGACUGAGAAGCAGACAGAGCUGGAGGUGAGUCGACAGAAAAUCCAGCAGAGAAUCAAAGACAAACAGAAAGAUGUGAAGGUGCUUCAAAAGGAGGUGGAGAUCAUCAGUCGUUCUGCUGAUGAAGCAGUGGAAAAGAGCAACAGGAUCCUGACAGAGCUGAUCCGACUGAUGGAGGAAAGAAGGUGUGAUGUGGAGAAGCAGAUCAGAUCCCAGCAGGAAACUGAAGUGAGUCGAGUCAAAGAGCUGGAGUCGAAGCUGGAGCAGGAGAUCACUGAGCUGAGGAGGAAAGACGCCGAGAUGGAUAAACUGUCACACACACACGACCACAACCAGUUUUUACACCAGUAUCCAUCAGUGUCCAAACUCAGAAAAGAUCCAGACUCAUCUGGCAUCGACGUCCGUCCUCUGAGUUACUUUGAGGAUGUGAUGACAGCUGUGUCAGAGCUCAGAGAUAAACUACGGCACAGUCUGACAGAGGGAUGGACCAACAUCUCACUGAGCAUCACUCAACCACAGGUUUUACUACAACCUGAACCAAGGACCAGAGCAGGAUUCCUACAAUACCCACGUCAAAUCACACUGGAUCCAAACACAGCGUAUGAAUGUCUGUCACUGUCUGAGGAGAAUAAAAGAGUAACAUGUAUGAUUCAAACACAGAACUAUCCUGAUCAUCCAGACAGAUUCAGUCCAGUUUCCUCCAGAAUUGGAGUGUACCUGGAUCGCACUGCAGGUAUUCUGUCCUUCUACAGCGUCUCUGACACUAUGACUCUGAUCCACAGAGUCCAGACCUCAUUCACUAAGCCCCUGCACGCUGGACUUCAUCUUUGGAAAAAUGGAGACACUGCAUACUUUCCUGAACUCCAGUAAAUUCAUCAUUUACUUGGAUCAGAUCCAUCUUUUUGUGUCUGACUCUAAACCACACAACUGAAAAUCAGGUCAACUUUUUCUCCAGAACUCACAAUUCAGAUUUGAUCCCAUUUAGACUGUUUUCAGAGGACUCUAAUAGCUGACACUAUCUGACUAUCAACCAGGUAGAGCUGCAAUGAGUACUCCAGUAACUUGAGUACAAAAAAAUCCUUUACUCAUUUUUUUUUUGCCUCGAGUAUUCAUUUAAUUAUAAAUUUUGUUUCAAGUAGUUAUUUGCAUUCUGCCCUGGGGAUCGUGUUCUACACAGACUGUAAACAGUGACGCACGAAACUUAGAGCCAAAAGGUUGGUUCUAUGGAAGAGAGCGAGAAGACCGUCAGCAAAAGGCAAAUGAUGUCCAAAGUUUGGGAUCACUUCAAAGUAAAAAAAAAAAAAAAAAAAAUAAGAGAAUCUUGUGCAAUGUAUGUCAGUCCACAUCUGAAGCCAGCACAAGGUAAAUGUCCAUCUCCACUCAACAGCAGC